UAUAUGAAUCAUUUAGAUUUAGAACAUAAUUUGUUUUUGGAUUGGCGAUUAGGAUUUUCUAUAAAUUAAGUCACAUGUUUCCAAAUUUUAUUAUAUGAAAACAAUAACAUACAUUGUGCGUUGAUGUAUGCCGGUGUAGGUAUUUUCACUCAACCUCUUUUUAUUUACGUCUUAUAAGGUGCAAUAAAAUAAUGGAGAAGGAUGAUGACAAGUUCUUUGGCGAUGAUGAAGUGGCCACGGUGUCUUCAAAUUCUGGUCUAGUAAAGUAUGGUUUGGUUUUAACGAAGAACAAUUCGCGAUCAGAAAUCGAGUUCAAACAGGCUUCAUGUACGAAUCAUAAUGAGAUCAAAGUGAUCUGGCAUCCAGAUGGUGCUAAAGAAAUUAUCUCUGAUGAUAAAGUUGUGUUAAUGGAUCGAUCAUUAAUGCCUGGUGAUGUAGUACGAAAAGUUAGUGAAAAGAAGCCAAGUCAAUUUGGAUAUUGUGGAAAUAUUGUUAAAUAUGCCACAGUAAAAAUAUUUAAUACAAACAAAAUAAUAGAAAAUAUAAAUUCCCGAAACUUGACUCGCACAAAACCCUUCGGGAUUGGUUCCUCGGUUUUUUAUGAAUCAUGCGUUGGUGAAGUUACUGAUGUCAAAUGUAAAGUUACAUUUAUUUCACAAGAUGGAUCUAUUUUUACAUUAGAGGAUCCACAUAGACGGGACUUCAUAAGUCUAUCCACAAGUUAUAGUUUUUUCAUUGGUGACAAUGUAUUUUACCAUGGGCAAAAAUUAAAAAUGCGUCUGGGGUCCUUAGAAAAAGUAAAAUUUUUAAAAAUCAGUAACCUAAUGAAAUGUUUAUGGCACAAUUAUAAGAAGAAUUUCAGCUCUAAAUUUGGGUCCAAGUGGGUCAAAGUCUAUGUUCAAGAUGUUAUUGUAUCAUCAGUUGAAGUUAAAUGGUACUGCCAAACAUCAAGUAGAACAAAAUCGGGUGAAGAAUAUUGGCCAGAGAGAUUAUUUACUGGUGAUAAUUUGAAAAAACUAAAAAUUAUUGAUAUAUUUGAGUCAUGUUCAAUUCAAGUGGGAGGCACCUAUUUGUAUACAAUUAAAGAUACCGAUAAUUUGAUGACAAUGAAACAGUGGCGAUCUAAAUGUACAGAAGCUUUUAAUAUUGGAUCAGGUUCAAUACACAGUAAAACUAAUAAAAAUAAGCGCCACAAAAAACUUUUAGGUACCAAUAAACGAUUAAAGCGUUCACAUCUUAUUGAUUUGGAACGUAUUAAUAUAGAUGACUCAUUAUUAAGUAUACAAAAUGGACGUAGUAGCGUUUCAGCUGUCCUAAGACAAAUAAGAGAAAGAAUAUUAUAUAAGAUACAAAAAUGUACAUUACUAUCCAAAAAAUGUGAAUCUACAAGCACAACCGGCAAUAGUCGUGUAUAUACAUUAAAAUCAAACAGACUAAAGAGGAACCGUAUGUGGAAAUCAUUAAUUAAAAAAAAUAAACAAUUCAAUAUACCUAAAAUGAAAACCAAACCAAAUUCCAAAGUUGUAGUUGAGAUUUGCUACACAAAAUCUAUGAUAGAUGUUAUAUGGCAGGAUGGUACUAAAGAAACAGGAGUUUCUUCCACUGAUCUCUGCCCAGUACAAAAUCUUGAUGAACUUGAGUUUUUUCCUGGCGAUUUUGUUACUGAAAAAAGUCCUGCAUCUGAUGUUUAUGGUGUUGUAGAAUCUGUGGAUCAUGCAGAACGCACUGCUCAUAUACAAUGGCUUAAAGUUUAUCCUGAAAAUCCAUCAUUGCCAAAUUCUAUUGAAAAAACUUAUUUUAGUGUAUAUGACUUACGUAAUCAUCCGGAUUUCAAUUUUGAACAUGGUUGUCUCAUUAGACGUAUUGAUACGAACCCAGAUUUAAAUACCUUAACUGUUGGACAAGUAUUAAGUGCAGGGCCUAAUGGCAGGAUUUUAGUGAUAUGGGUUGAUGGUGAAAAAACCGAAUGUUGGCCACAAGAAUUAAUUGUUGUCAAACCAAAUGGCUUCAGUUUUCAAGAUGUAGAAUAUGACUUACCUAAAGAUUGGAUGCCUAUAACCAGUCUUAGGUUAUCUAAUAUAAGCUGUGACCAAGUACACAAUGAGCGGAAACAUGAAGGACUAUUAGUCCAAUUACAAGAGCAAUCUGCUAUGAGUAUAAAUUUAUUUCUAGAUGCUGUUAAACAAACUUGUGACAUGGAUAAAGUUCUUAAAUUAAAAAAAGCUUUGGAACAAUAUAGGUCAGGAUUUAACGUUAGUUCGUUUUUGCCAACUUCAGAAUGUAAAGAAAAAGAAAAAGAAAUAGAAACCUGGUACAAGGAUCUCAUGGAUAAUAUCUCAAAAUUAAUAAACAAAAUAAUCUCAAGAAUAGAUAUUAAAGAGAGAGAAGAAAGAGAAUCGGUUGAAGAAGAAGAACUGUCAUAUGAGAUUUUAAUUAAAGACAGUGAAACUAAAUUAAAACAGUUUGUGUCAGAUUUCAUAAAGAAAGUUAAUCUUGUUUUCAAUGAAUCAUAUCCUUCUAAGUAUGGGAUAAUAAAACAUUGUGAUACAAAAGAUGAAAGUGAUGACUUAAGUCUACAAAUAAUGGAUGUUGCUGAGCCAGCAUCUGUACUUCCAGUAAUUGAACCACAUCCUGCUGAAUGUCCUUUUAUUUCAUUGAAGACAGAACCAGUGUACGAAGUAAUCAAACCAGAAUAUAAUCAAAGUAUAACCAAACCUGAAGAAGCUGGAGUUUUUGAAGUGGUAGAAACACUUAUGGAUAAUUCACACAAAUACAUCAAUGAUAAAGAUAAUUUAAAUCCACGGUUACUAAAAGUUAUUGCUAAAGACAUACAUAUACUCCAAAAAAGUUUACCGGCAGGAAUUUGGGUGAAAACUUUUGAAAAUCGUUUGGAUUUGUUUUCUAUAAUGAUUAGAGGACCAGAAAAAACUCCAUAUGCUGGUGGUUUAUUUCUAUUUGAUGUCAAAAUUCCAUCCACAUAUCCAAUCAAACCUCCUUUCUGUCAUUAUUAUAGUUUUUGUGACGAACAGUUGAAUCCAAAUCUAAACGAAGAUGGAGAAGUAUGCCUUAGUCUUUUGGGUACUUGGUCUGGCCAUGGUGUUGAAUUAUGGUCACUUGAAGAUUCAAAUUUAUUACAGCUUCUAGUAUCAAUACAAGGACUGAUAUUGGUAAGUGAACCAUAUUAUAAUGAAGCUGGAUUUGAUUCCCAGCGAGGUCAGAAGCUUGCAAAAGAAAACUCUCGUGUUUACAAUGAAAUGGCUCUGAUCAAAGUAGUGCAGUCAAUGACAAAUAUGUUAAACAUGAAUAAUUCAGACGUUAAAAAUGCAGGGUAUUUUGAAGAAGAAAUACUGGAACACGUAAAAACACAUGGUCCAAAGUUAAUCAGUACAAUUGAAAAUUGGAUUAAAAUGUCUGAAAAAGAAUUAACUGAAGAUGAAAAACUUGCUCCUGGAUAUCCAUUGUUGCCACUAUCCAAGGGUUUUUGCCUAUCAAUCAUCAAAGCACUAAAAGAUUACAAAGAAGCAUUGAUUUCCAAGAAUAUCAUAUUCAAAUAAUCAUAAAUAACUCUUAACUAUUUUAUACAUUUCAAAAGAAAACAUAUGCAAACAUACGUUUAGUAUUAAAGAUAUUGUUUCUAUA